AUGGGAUGGAGGCGGCCACUAUCCAGGGCGAACGCCUUGUCAACCGAGCCGGCUUCCAGGGUCAGAGUUUUGAUCCUACGUCUUACCAGGUCAUGGCCAUGGCCAGUCCAAGCUGAACACCUUGCUCGUCAGCUGUCUAGCCAUAUGUUUGUACUUGGUAAACAUGUCUUCUCCGAAGCUGAUUGGACUGACAGCGUGUCCAAUGACAAGAAGCAAGGCGGGUACCCAACGUCUGAGAGACGGCGACUAGGCCCAGGUGCGUGGUAG